CUCCUCCGCCGCAAGUCCCUCCCCAAGCCUGCAGAGGGCGCUGCGUUUCGGUGAGCCGGGAGGUGGCGCCGCUCUAGCCAGCGCCUGGGCUCUGUGGCGGGCGCCGCAGCUCCGCAUCCCCCGCGCCUCCUCCCAGCGCAGACUUCGAGGGCUACCACUGGACCCUUCCCCUGUCUUGAACCCUGAGCCGGCACCAUGCACGGACGCCUGAAGGUGAAGACGUCAGAAGAGCAGGCGGAGGCCAAAAGAUUAGAACGAGAGCAGAAGCUGAAGCUAUACCAGUCAGCCACCCAGGCCGUCUUCCAGAAGCGCCAGGCUGGUGAGCUGGAUGAGUCAGUGCUGGAACUGACAAGCCAGAUUCUGGGAGCCAACCCUGAUUUUGCCACCCUCUGGAACUGCCGACGAGAGGUGCUCCAGCAGCUGGAGACUCAGAAGUCUCCUGAAGAGUUGGCUGCUCUGGUGAAGGCAGAACUGGGCUUCCUGGAGAGCUGCUUGCGGGUGAACCCCAAGUCUUAUGGCACCUGGCACCACCGAUGCUGGCUGCUAGGCCGCCUGCCUGAGCCCAACUGGGCCCGAGAGCUGGAGCUCUGUGCCCGCUUCCUGGAGGUGGAUGAGCGGAACUUUCACUGCUGGGACUAUCGGCGGUUUGUGGCCACACAGGCAGCCGUGCCCCCUGCAGAAGAGCUAGCCUUCACUGACAGCCUCAUCACCCAAAACUUCUCCAACUACUCGUCCUGGCAUUACCGCUCCUGUCUCUUGCCCCAGCUGCAUCCCCAGCCGGAUUCUGGACCACAGGGGCGCCUCCCUGAGGAUGUGCUGCUCAAAGAGCUGGAGCUGGUGCAGAAUGCCUUCUUCACUGACCCCAAUGAUCAGAGUGCCUGGUUUUAUCACCGUUGGCUCCUAGGCCGAGCUGACCCCCAGGAUGCACUGCGCUGCCUGCAUGUGAGCCGGGAUGAGGCCUGUCUGACUGUCUCCUUCUCUCGGCCCCUCCUAGUGGGCUCCAGGAUGGAGAUCUUGCUGCUCAUGGUUGAUGAUUCUCCCCUGAUUGUGGAGUGGAGGACCCCAGAUGGCAGGAACCGGCCCAGCCAUGUCUGGCUCUGUGACCUGCCUGCUGCCUCCCUCAACGACCAAUUGCCCCAACAUACAUUUCGCGUCAUUUGGACAGCAGGUGAUGUCCAGAAAGAAUGCGUGCUUUUAAAAGGUGAUGGAACCUGCAGCCUCCACCCCUUGCAGCAGUCCCCAUCACUCUUUUCCUCUCCAGGGUGCACCCUUCAACCAUCUACUCUUUCCCCAGGCCGCCAGGAGGGCUGGUGCCGGGACUCCACCACGGAUGAGCAGCUAUUCAGGUGUGAGCUGUCAGUGGAGAAGUCCACAGUGCUGCAGUCUGAGCUGGAAUCCUGUAAGGAGCUGCAGGAGCUAGAGCCUGAGAAUAAAUGGUGCCUGCUUACCAUCAUCCUGCUGAUGCGGGCACUGGACCCCCUGCUGUAUGAGAAGGAGACCCUGCAGUACUUCCAGACCCUCAAGGCCGUGGACCCCAUGCGGGCAGCCUAUCUGGAUGACCUGCGCAGCAAGUUCUUGCUGGAGAAUAGCGUGCUCAAGAUGGAGUAUGCCGAGGUGCGUGUGCUGCACCUGGCUCACAAGGAUCUGACAGUGCUCUGCCAUCUGGAACAGCUGCUCUUGGUCACCCAUCUUGACCUGUCACACAAUCGUCUCCGAACCCUGCCACCUGCACUGGCUGCCCUGCGCUGCCUUGAGGUGCUGCAGGCCAGUGAUAAUGCCAUAGAGUCCCUGGAUGGCGUCACCAACCUACCCCGGCUGCAAGAGCUGCUACUGUGCAACAACCGCCUCCAGCAACCUGCAGCGCUCCAGCCUCUUGCCUCCUGCCCCAGGCUGGUCCUCCUCAACCUGCAGGGUAACCCGCUGUGCCAAGCGAUGGGCAUCUUGGAGCACCUGGCUGAACUGCUGCCUUCAGUUAGCAGCGUCCUCACCUAAGAGGCCCUGCCCCCUACCCUUGCCCUUUAAUUUAUUGGGACUGAAUAAAGAAUGGAGAGGCCCUCUCAGGCUACCAA